AUGUCCAACAAAACAUGGAAACACGCCCUCAUAGACUUCCUGGAAAGCAACCGGGGCCUAGUCAUUCUCUUCUUCUGCCUACCAGCCAGCUUCGUAUUCAAUCUACUCCUCAACCUGCGCACCAAACUCCACAGAAGCUUCUUCACCAGUCCUAACCAGCACGACAAAAGAGUGAGACGAAUCCAAGCCCAAGUCCAAAGAUGGAACCAACAACCGAAAGAAGAAAGGAAACCUUUGUGCACUUCAAGACCCAAUUGGCUCAGCUUGAGUACCACUUUCUACAGAAAAGACCUUUGCCAUAGAGUCAACAUCGAUCUCUUCGACAUACUACAUUUGGACACUGACAAUCUGACGGUAAGAGUGGAACCUAUGGUCACGGUGGGAGACAUCACCCGGUACCUCAUACCGAAAGGCUACACUCUGGCUGUCACCUUGGAAAUAUCAGAUGCCACCCUAGGAGGGUUGGCCAUGGGUACAGGGAUGACUACCCACUCCCACAAGGUAGGACUGUACCAGGAGAACGUCAGUUCCUACGAGGUGGUGCUAGGUGAUGGUAGCUUGGUUAGAGCUUCCGUGGAGGAAAACGAGGACCUGUAUAAGGCCCUACCAUGGUCGCACGGGAGUUUGGGCUUCUUAGUAGCCCUUACCGUCAAAAUUGUCAAGGUUAAACCCUACAUCAAGAUGACUUAUUUACCAGUCAAGGGCCAAAAGGAGUACUGCGACAUCAUAAGGUUGUUCUCAGGAGACGCAAGCGCAGACUACAACACACCCGACUACCUGGAAGCGACCAUAUACGACCACGACCGAGCAGUCAUAAUGACAGGCGACUACUCGGACCACGAUCCCACCCUUCCAAUCAACCACGCGUCUCGCUGGUACAAACCCUGGUUCUACAAGUACGCCGAAGGUUUCCUACAAAAGGGCAAGCACACCGAGCUGAUACCGCUGCGAGAGUACCUUUUGAGACACGACAGGGCGAUUUUCUGGGUGGUCGAGUCGAUGAUACCCUUCGGGAACAAUCACGUCUUCAGAACGCUAUUCGGGUGGUUGCUACCCCCCAAACCAGCAUUUUUAAAAUUCACCACAACCCCUGGAGUGCGCGAGUUCACCUUCACCAAGCAAGUGUUCCAAGACAUAGUGCUACCCAUAAGGAAACUAGAAGACCAGAUCCAGAAAUCCGAGGAGCUGUUCGAUGCCUACCCCCUGCUGGUUUACCCUUGUAGGGUGUACGACAGGGGUCCCAGAUCGGGGCAACUUAGAGCCCCUAGGAAAGAGUACCUCGUCGAUGGUACCAACUAUGCCAUGUACAAUGAUUUAGGGAUUUACGGAGUACCGGGGUUCGUGAAGCGUAAGAAGAGGUACAACCCUGUUAGGGCUAUGAGGGACAUGGAGAAAUUCACUAGGGACGUGGGGGGUUUCUCGUUUUUGUACGCUGAUAUUUUUAUGGAUCGUGGGGAGUUCGAGGAGAUGUUCGAUUUGAGUUUGUAUGAGUUGGUGAGGCAAAAAUUUGGGGCUGAAGGGGCGUUUCCUCAUUUGUACGAUAAGGUUAGGCCGGAGAUAGACGUGUUUGAGAUUGGUAGGCAGUGCGAAGGUAUGGCAGGACAGUGA